AUGGCGUUCAUUGAUUUAGUUCUAGCAAUUGUACCAGUUCAUAUGAUAUGGAAGUUGCAGAUGAAUAAAAGGAAGAAGGUGGCCAUUUGUAUUUUACUUAGCACUGGUGUUUCUGCCUUUGGAUUCGCCGUUAUCAAGAUUGUUGAACUCAAAAAUGAUGCCAAUCACUCUGAUAUUACAUGCAAAUACGAGAUCAAUUUGAUUAUCAUCGCUGCAUGUAUCCCAACGCUCAUACCUCUUCUCGAAAUCAUUCUCAACCACCGAAUCGCAUCUUACUUUAAUAGUUACAAGACCAACCGUGGAGGUUCCAAGUUCUCUUUCCACAAAGAAUCAUUCCGUAUGCGCCGUUUGAAUAGUGCAAACAAUGAUACGGAGAGUGGAAAAGAUAUAUUGGGUAUCAAGAAUUCUAUAAAUGGUAACAGUGGAGAACUAGGAGUAGUUGAAGAAAGUGAGGAAAUUCGUGGCAAUGAGAACACUGACAGGAUCAUGAGUCAAGGGAAGAUUGCUGUCACGAGACAAUGGUCUGUGACGGAGCUUAAGUAUUGA